AUGUCAGAUAACCUCAUUAAUAAUACUAAAAGACAAGCAGUUGAUAUUGUCUUCAAAAACAUUGACUAUUCAGUGAAAAAUAAAAAACAUACAAGAUAAAUCUUAAAAGGAGUUUCAGGAAUUUGUAAAAAUAGCCAAAUAAAUGCUAUUUUAGGAACAUCAGGAGCUGGAAAGACAACUUUGCUCAAUAUUCUUUGCUAGAGAAUUUAAAAUAAACCUGAUUAAAUUUUAUCAGGUAAAGUAUUGGCCAACAAUUUACCCUAUACCUCAAAUUAAUUUACAUAAUUUGCAUCCUAUGUUAUGUAAGACGACAUAUUACUUGAAGCGUUAACUGUUAAAGAGUGUCUAUAGUUUGCUGUCAACCUAAAAACUGUCGGCAAUUAAUAAUAAAAAACUUAAAAAGUUGAAGAAAUCAUUAAAAUUUUGAAGCUUGAGAGAUGUCAGAAUACCUUCAUUGGCGGUAAUUUUAUUAAAGGUAUUUCUGGAGGAGAAAAAAAGAGGACAUCAAUAGGUUAUGAACUAAUAAGCGAUCCAUAAUGCUUAUUCUUAGAUGAACCUACUUCAGGUUUAGAUAGCUUUACAGCUUAUUGUAUUAUUGAUUUCUUGAGAAAGUAUGCUCAUAACUAAAAUAAAACAGUCGUGUUUACAAUUCAUUAACCCUCUUCUGAUAUUUGGAAUAUGUUUGAUAAUGUUAUGCUAAUGGUUGAAGGACAGUUUAUCUACUAAGGCACUGGAGGAAUGAAUGUACUAAAUUAUUUUUCAAGCAUCGGAUUCAAAUGUCCUGUUUAUUCUAAUCCAGCAGAUUUCUUAAUGUCAAUAAUGACUCCUGAGAGAGAAAUUAAUGUUAAAAAUUAUGAUUUCUACUUUUUACAAUAUGCUUCAAAUUUGAAGGAAAAUGUAGAAGCAAAUAUUAAAAAUUCUAUUGAAGAGGAAAUGUAAGUGGAUUCAAUUAAAACAAAUUUUAGAACGAAUAUGUUUUACUAAACAACACAAAUAGCUUUACGAUAAGUAAAGAUUCUAAAAAGAAAUCCAAUUCUCUUAGCAGCACGGGUAAUAUAGAGUGUUGUUAUAUCGUUUUUUAUAGGUCUUAUAUAUUGGUAAACUCCUGGUCCAACAGAUAAUCCUACUUAAAGAGAUAUUGAUAGUAAAAAUGGAUUAUUGUAUUUCUAAGUUAUAGGAGCCUUCAUGAUGGCAUUAAAACCAUGUAUCCUUACCUUUCCUUCUGAGAGAGCUGUGUUUUUGAGAGAAGAAAACUCAUAGUUGUAUACAGUAGGACCUUAUUUUUUAGGAAAAUAUAUUGUUGACAUAUUACCUUGCAUAAUAUCACCUAUCUUAUCAAGUAUAGUUGUUUACUGGAUGGUUGGAUUAAAUACUGAUAGUCCAGGAAAAGUACUCUUUUUUAUGUUCACUAGCGCUCUUUAAGGCUUAUCAGGAAUAGCACUCGGUUACUUAGGUGGGUGUGCAUUUAAAAAUGCUCAUAUUGCAGUUGCUAUAUCUCCAGCUAUUACAGUACCUACUAUGCUUUUCGGGGGAUAUUACAAAAACUCUGGUGAUUAUGCUUCUUGGAUAGGUUGGAUUUCGUACCUUUCUCCUUAUAAAUAUUCCUUUAGUGCACUUGCUUAAAAUGAGUACACUUAUGAAGGUUAAAACUAUCCCUAAGAUCCUAUAAAACAAUUAAAUUUCAAUUUAGAUAAAUGGGAAAGUAUUGGGUGUUUGAUUGGAUUAUGUUUAGGUUACUCAAUAAUUGCAUACAUUUUAUUAUCAUUAUUGAAGAAAAAAUUAUAAUGA